UGAACACGUACACUUCCUGUUUCACGAACAUAUGUUAAUUUUUUCUCUGUCAAUAUAGUUUUAGCAAAAUUAAAGGCGGACAUUGGAUCGACAGAGACAAAACUCCACUGAAAUAUUAUGAGUAGUACAUUUAUUAUUCUAGGGACAUCUAUUCUAGCUGUGCUGUUGGCAGGAUAUUUUGCCCAAAGAUACCUACCUCCUCCAAAGCCUAAAAUAGUUGGCAUUGAUCUAGGAACCACCUUUUCCUGUGUGGGCGUUUAUCAUGCAGUAAGUGGAGCUGUGGACAUUCUAGAAGCCCAGGACGGUCACCAAUGUAUCCCCAGCGUGGUAGCUUUCAGUAAGGAUGGCGUUGUGGUGGGGUAUAAAGCUGUGGCUCAGGCUGAACACAAUCCUAAAAACACAAUAUAUGAUGCCAAGAGAUUUAUAGGGAAGAAAUACAGCCCAGAGGAGCUAACACAGGCACAGAAGAGGUACCCAUUCAAGCUGGAAGCUGAUGAGUUUGGUAUGGUGCGGUAUGUAUUGAAUGUCAACAAAACAGAGAUGAGAUUCACUCCGGAGCAGAUUGGGUCUAUCUUAAUUAAGUUCCUAAAGAAUGUUGCAGAGAAGAACCUAACUUCCCCUGUCACAAAGUGUGUCAUGUCUGUCCCUGCAGAAUUUGAUGACAUGCAGAGAAAUUAUACCAAGAAAGCAGGCAGUAUUGCUGGUUUAGAGGUGUGGCGAGUGAUCAAUGAGCCUACAGCAGCAGCCCUAGCUUACGGACUCCACACCAAGCCACAGCUUAAGACAGUACUAGUGGUGGAUCUAGGGGGUGGGACGCUAGAUGUGUCUCUACUCAUGGUACAAGGGGGGAUGUUCCUCACCCAAGGGAUGGCAGGAAACAACAGACUUGGUGGACAGGAUUUUAACCUCAGAUUAUACAAUUAUGUAAAAGAACUAAUAGAAAAAGAGUUUAACCUGGUUAUUUCAGACAAGGAGGACUUACAAGCCAUUCGAUUGGCUGUUGAAGAGGUCAAAAUCAAUUUGACCCAUCAACAAAGCACACCACUAAAGCUUUACCUUCACUCUCUAGGAAAACAUUCCCAUAUACAAGAAACCAUCACUAGGGAUAAAUUCGAAGAAUUAAAUAAAGAUCUGUUUAUAAAAGUGUUAGAGCCAAUCAGGACUGUGUUAGAAGCUACGCAUCUAGAAAAAGACGACAUUGACGAGAUAGUGUUAGUGGGGGGAUCCACAAGGAUUCCUAAGAUUCGUAGUCUGAUUCGGGAGUUUUUCAAUAAAGAUCAAAACACUCACGUGGACCCUGAGUUAGCGGUGGCUAUGGGGGUGUCUAUACAGGCGGGGAUCAUAGGCGGGAUGUGGCCCCUCAAAGUGAGUGCUGUAGAACUCCCCAACAGAGUGGUCAAGAUACAGGUCCAGUGAUUAUGUUAGCAGGUGCUUAUUAAGUUAAAACUAUUGAAAUGGUGUGUAAGAAUUAAAAUGAAAAUAUUGAAGUC